UUAAACCAACUUUGUUUUUAUACUUUGUUGACGAUGGGGCGAAGGAAAUCUAAGAGAAAGCCGCCACCAAAAAGGAAAAAUAUAGAACCACUUGACCAGCAAUUUAACUGUCCGUUCUGCAACCAUGAAAAGUCCUGUGAAGUGAAAAUGGAUAAAGGAAGAAACACAGCGAAAAUAACUUGUCGAGUGUGUUUGGAAGACUUUCAAACUGGAAUUAAUUUUUUAUCAGAGCCAAUUGAUGUUUAUAAUGAUUGGGUAGAUGCAUGCGAAACGGCCAAUUAAUUUCAAUAGCUCAAAUUAAAUUUAAACAAUAAUUGAACAAAAUGACAUUAUAUUUAGAAAAGUUUGUUUCUCCUAGGAUGUUAGGAAUAAACAGUAGAAUAAAAUAUUUUAUUGAGAUAUAAAUAAAAACGAUCCAAUUCAAUAACUUGUAUCGGCGAUGUACCAUUAAGAUAAUUAAGGUAAGCGAAAUGAAAUACGAACUGUAGUAAAACAAAUAAAAAAAAAUAUUCCAAUUCUGAACACCUUAA